ACUGUGCCGCGCUCGGGGCUCGCAGCUCGGCCUGGCUCGCCUGUGGGGGGGUUAGCGCAGCCCCCCCCCCCGACACUCCUGACCUGGGAGGUGAUCGCACCGAGGGGCCCCCUGGGUUCUGCGCCCGCUCCACCUGCUUCUGCACGGGGGGGAAAAUCCACUUGUGUGGAGGGUCCCCCCCCCUUUGCCUUUUCUGCAAGUCCUCCAAGAACCCCCCCUCCGCGUUAACUUGUCCCCCCCCCGCUUCUUGCUACAUCAAUCUCCGGCUCGGGGGCCAGCGCCAGCAGCCUCCCUGCAAAGUAGCUUGUUUUCGGUGGCUUUUCGUGGGGGUUUCUCCACCGGGCCCGUGGCUUUGUGCCGAGAAAGCCCCUCGCUCGAGUUUUUUCCGUUCCUCGUUUGCGUGGAAAGUGAGACGCCCGUCCCGCUUCUGUGCAAAAGUGUUAAGAAUCGUGCGGUCGCCUUGCGCUGCUGUUUGCAACCGGGAGAUCCCAGGCGGCCUCCGUGUUCGGGGGCGAGGCGCCGAUCCAAACUUUUGCGGGCGAAACCAGGCCGAGAGCGGAGCGAUCUUUCGGCUGCAAAAAGCAACGUUGCUCCUUUCUCCUAUUUUUCCAAGUCCUGUCCCCCCCCGCCCCCUUCGCUGGCUUCCAGUUUUGCGCCAGAAAACCGCAUGGAAAAAAAAAACUUGGCUGAUUUAUUUCGCUUCUCUUCAUGUGACUUCUAUUAAAAUCAAACCCGGAGCCGAUUGCAAAAGAAGAAAUUCGUGUCCUAGUGCAAACAAGGCUGCAGCUGGCCAGCGAGGGCCUACGCGGCUGCACCUCUGCAAAGAUUGGUUUUUUGCAGCCGUUUGAGAUUGCAAAGGGACUUUUGUUUGCACGCUGCUGUGGCUUGUGCAAAAUUGGCUCCGGCAUGGCGAGGCGAAUUUGGCUGCAAACUGACCGCCCGUGAAAUCACGGCGAAGCGGGGCCAGGCUGCCCGGCGCUCGGCACGGGCUUUGGACACAUGCGGGACGCAAGAGAAGCCAGCGGCGAGUUUGCAACGGCGCCUCCCUUCGAUGCUCCUGGGUCUCCGGCAGGCCCAAUCCAGGGGGCGAAGGCACUAAACCUCUGCCCCCCGGAAGGGAGUCCUGGUGCUGUUGCAAAAACUUGGGGGAGGCGCCCUUGAAAGACAGGAGGUUGCAAAACUGGAGAGGAAUGAACUCCUGGGAAGGAGAUGAUCCGGGCGCAGAGGGGGCGUGAAACGCUGGGCACCCCCGAAGCUCGGUACCCCGAAAGAGGUAGUUGUGAAAAGGGUGUGUGUGUGAAUUGCCCCCCCCCCAAAGAGGACAGGUGUAGCGACAAACCCUAGGCACCCCCAAAGCUCUGCCCCCCGAAGCAGGCCGGAUGUGGUGGCGUUGCAAACAGGGCGCGGGGGGCAUGCCUUAACUCUCCUGUUCCCCUGAGUUGGCGCACCAUGGAGGAGGCGGCCGGUGAGGGCGACCCGCCCGUGGCCGACGUCCGUCUGUGCGGGCACCUGCGGAAGCAGAAGUCCCAGCGGCGCCGGUUUUUCGUGCUGCGGGCGCCCAGCGAGCGGGGACCGGCCCGCCUGGAGUACUACGAGAGCGAGAAGAAAUUCAGGGCUGGCGGCACCCGCCCCAAACGCAGCUUCCCCCUGGCCAGCGCCCUGAACAUCAACAAGCGGGCGGACGCCCGGCACCGGCACCUCAUCGUGCUGUAUGGCCGGGAUGGCACCUUCGGGGUGGCGGCCGAGAGCCCAGAGGAGCAGGAGGCCUGGUACUGCGCCAUGACAGAGCUGCGCGCCAAGGGCCUGUCGCAGCCGGGGAGCGGGGCGGCGUGGCCCUUCCGGGAGGUCUGGCAGGUGACCCUGCGCCCCAAGGGGCUGGGGCAGGCCAGGAACCUGGCGGGCGUGCAGCGGCUGUGCCUGGCGGAGAGCACGGUGGAGCUGGUGCAGCUCGGCGCCCCGGCCCCCUGCCUGCUGCUGCAGCUGCCGAGUGUCCGGCGCUGCGGGCAUUCGGAGAACUACUUCUUCCUGGAGGUGGGGCGCUCGGCCGCCACGGGCCCCGGCGAGCUGUGGAUGCAGGUGGAGGACCUGGUGGUGGCCCGGCACAUCCACGAAACCAUCCUGGAGGCCAUGAAGCGUCUGAGUGAGGAGUGCCGGGUGCGAGGCCGCGGCCAGGCCUCCGCCCCCAUCUCGGUGCCGGCCCGGCGCCUGCCCCCUGCCCAGCUGCCGGGCUCCGGGCGCCGCCUGCCCGAUGGGGACUACGCCCUGGCGUCGUCGGACGAGGGCGGAUCCUCCAGCCCCGGAGAGGGGCGCCCGACUGGCAGCCCAGAGCCGGCAGGCUCCCCGGAGGGGCGGGCGCCCAGCUGCAAGCGGCCGUCGCUGCCCCCCUUGGCGCUGGGCAGAGGCGCCGGGCGGAGGAAGCCAGGGUGGUGCCCAGAGUCCGGCUACAUGGCCAUGCUGCCCGGGGCAGCCCUGCCGGGCGCGGGGCAGCCAGAUUACGUGCCCAUGAGCCCCAGCGGCGGCUCUCCGCCCCGGGGCGAAGCCGCCGGCUACAUGCUCAUGUCCCCCAGCGGGAGCUGGGCGCCCGAGUACGUGAACAUGUCCCCGCUGUGGCGCUCGGCCAGCAGCACCCCCCUGCGCCGCAGCCCCCUCUCCGGCGCCCCCGGGGAGGACCCCUGCCCCUUCCGCUCCCUGCCGCGCACCUACAAGCACGGGGCCCAGCUGGCCGUGCCCGGGCACCUCUCCUCCUGCUCCUCCUCCACCAGCAGUGAGAGCUUGGAGGAGCCAGUGUCCCUGAGCCCCGGGGAGUACGUCAGCAUCGAAUACCGGCCCGGCCCGGGCCAGCCGGCGAGGGCGGAGCCCAGCAGGCGGCGCUGCAGGGAGCGGGCCAUCCCCGCCUGGGAGGAGCCGGGACUCAACUACAUUGCCCUGGACCUGGCCCGGGGAGGAGGCGGCCCGGAUGGGAGCCCCCGGGCGGCCGGCGGCCCCAGCCCCCAGGCCUACGCCAGCAUCGACUUCCACCGCUCCCAGGAGCUGCAGGGACGACGGGGCGGAAGGGACGGGCCAGAGUGCUGACCCCUUUGCAGUCCGUGCAGCCUGGUGACUUCGGGGCUCCCCUGGCUCGGGACCAACGCUCCACCCCAGAGCUGGUCGCAUUGGAACGCCUGCCACCUGAUACCUCCGCAGACGACGCACGUCGGUUUCCUCCCGAUGGACCGUGAACCCCUUUAAGUGCCUUUGUUUUUGUGGUGCACCUCUCGGGGGUGUGUGUGUGUGGAGAACAAGCCAAAGACAGACUCACGUUUUGGGGGGGGGGGGGGGGGCUGGUGCCUUGCGCUCCGGAUGUCUUUUGGAUCUGCUGGGGGGACACCGCUUAACCUGACCAUGGGCUUGAGGUUUCAAGGUCACUCCCAGCUUUGGGGAUCCCUCUGCACCGAAGCCAAUUCUUUACUCCUCUUUUUUUGGGGGGGCAUCUCCCCAGCUUCCCACCCCUUGGGAUGGAGACUUUUCAGGGGGUUGAUUCCUUAUUUGCAGGGUUCACCCCCCUCUGCGUUGGGGUCACCCCUUUGACCCCAUUAACCCUCUGGUGCCUUCAUGCCCCCCGCCUGCCUGUUUUUGGGGUACGCCCCAAAGGCUUCCCCCAUCUGCACACUGUCUUUUGUUCUCCCUGCCCCAGCAUUGGGGGGAAUAUUUUGCCCUCUCGCAUAUCCAAAAUGCACCCUGCAGAUGGGGCGUUGUGGGUGGGCCCCUGCUGCCCCCCCACACCGGUCUUAGGUUUGACACCUUUCGCGAGGAGAAUUUGGGGUUCACGCUGUGCUUCUGAAUUGCACAUGGUUAGGUUUUUUUGCACAAGCUUUAAAACGUUUAGUUUGAAACCACAUAAUUUAUAGCUGCGGCUCUGGGGCCUUAAAUCCACCUGCCCUUCGUCGGGAUCCUACCGAGCCGCUUCCUCACUCCCGGCUUUGGCCAGCUGAGCUCGCCGGGAAGGGAGUUUUUAAAUCCCCUCUCGGAAGGUUUCAGGGCCGGGCCGGGCGUUCGCUUUGCGGGAUUUAGCGCUUGUUUGCAGAAUCGGGAGUUCGAUUUUGCGGGUCCCUCGUUUGCAAGAUUGGAGCUGCAGGAAUUGGAUGUUUUUUUGGUUAUAAUAAAGCCUUUCUAUUGCAGUUUGUGUCAAAUGGGCUUUAUGGGAAAAGUGGGUAUGGACAAAAUUUGAAAUAGACUGGGAGUUCAUUUUCUGGGAUCUCCUCUGCCCUUGUCAAGGGAGAUCCACCCAGAUCGUUUAAACGCGACACAAUCCACCUGCAAGCCUGGACCUGGGGCUACACCCAGAGCGUUGGGGAGCCAAUCGUGCUCCAAAAGGCCCCCCUCGUUUCUGGGGCUGGAGAUUUGCAAAAUGAUUCUCAGCGGUCGGGAGCUCAGUUUCUCGCCCCUCCUCGACGUGAUUUACGGCCUUGCGACAAUGUCUUCGACCCAAAAACCUUUCUCAAAUGAAGAGGCAUUGCAAAGCUUGUUUGAGCCGCUUGGGCUGUUUGCAAAUACGUUCUCCAAAAAAGAAUAAGGGGAUUUAGAAGCACGGCUGGAACGGCUGCAACUUGGCGAACCCAGUUUGAUUUGUUUGUUGUUGGAAUAAAAGUAAAAGAACUUUGCCCGACGUUUCGUAAUGCGGUGGCUGCUCAGGUUCUGCAUUCAGGGCUUCAGUCAAAAUCAUUUUGCAGCUCGGCCUCAUCUGCAAAUGAAAAUUCCCUCAGCGGUUGCAACGACAACAAAAUAAUUGUCCUCAAGUGCAUCUGUGCAGGGCGGAUUGACUUGACAUUCGCAGCCGAUCCUGGCAUUUCCAACGGCUGCGUUUGGGGUUUCUUCCGCAGUGAAGGGCGUGAGAGCCACGUAGCGAAUCCAGGGGAAGCGAGAUUGCCGAACGAAAACCUUCCCAAUUAGUGAGGUUUGCAAAGAGCUUUGAAGUUUUCAACCCAAGAACGCCAGCAAAUCCAUUUCCUUUAAGAAAUCCCCAGGUCCCGCCGCUGGACUUCUUCGUUUCAAACGCCCCCCUGGGCUUUUCCAGGGGCGGAGAUCGGGCUGGCCGAGGCCCUGCGCAGCAGUCACUUCAGCAAAGUCGGUUGUCAGCUCUAGCAAGGGGCCAGGCUGCGGCGUUGAGGAACGCCGACGGUCGGGGGUUUUGGCGGAUUGCAAACCUGCUUUGAUCCAGCGGGGCCUUUGGCAGGGCCGGGCAAUGGGGUGGCUGUUCUGAGGUGGGAGGGGGUGGGGUGCCCACUUGGGGGGGUUCUUGCUCCCUGUUGGUGCUGUGUGGAACCCCCACAAUCAGAGAGGCGCGCGAUCGCCCCCUGCUGGGAGCCACCCAGGAGGUCGGGGCUGGUUUAAGUGUUGCCAUUUUGGUAGGGCCUACAGAAUUAGGCACCAGUUACAGCCCCCCCAACCCCACGUGCACUUUGCAGACCCUCCCCCCCCGUCUCCUGUGCCUGCUGGUGGGGGUGGGAGAGAUGUGACUAAGUGGGGGGUUUUCUUGUUUUCGGUGGGGUUUCAAUGGUUUGCAUGCGGAGGGGGUGGGACUCAGUUUCCCUGGGUGUUACUGGUUUAACGAGGGGAGGGGAGAGGGAGUGUGUUUUGCAGAGGACCGGAGAGAGGACGUGGGGACCCAGCCGCUGGCCGGGAGGAUGGAUACCCCAGCGACCGGUGACCUGGUGACCCGGAGGUCCAGCUGAGGAGAUGCAGCUGGUUCUGGCCAGUGGGCGGACAAUGGGCUGCAGAGUGAGGACCCAGUGACCCAACCAACCGGUUCCAGCCAGAGGACAGAAGCGAGGAGAGGAGGCUCCGAUUUACGACCCUGUUUCCCUGGAGAGAAGACAAUGGACAGAGGCGGGGUCUGGGGCCGGGGAUCUCAGAUGCCCAGCUGGGAAGCAGGGGGGCUCGGGGCUGGAGAGGGGGAGCAGGCAGAGCCCACCUGGAUGCAGAGAGACUGGGAUGUGCUGUGGUGAGGGAGGCCAGGCCUGAGGCCCUGAGAGUUUCCAGUGUUGUGUUCAAUUCUCAAUAAACCCUCCUGUUUUACGCUG